GACCGUCCGGUGGUACCAGAGCUGGGAGCCGUGGCUCCUGGGGAGAAGAGCGCGGCGUAGCCAGUGCCCCAUGGCCAGGGCCACGGGGACUAGACUAGGCGGAGGCGGAAACACCAGGCCGAGGCCUGAAGGUGUUGGACAGCCAAGAAAAUAAGGGCUUUGCGUGGCAGAGAGAGCGCGAGAGAGACUUCUGCGAUGGGUGCUGGUGACCUGGUGACUGGCCUGCGCUGGGAAGCACUGGGCAGCUGCUCUUUGCUUUCUGUGCGCUCUGGGGCAGAGCAGUAGUUGGGACAAGGUGUGACUUGGGGGAAAGACAGCAGUGGUAUCGAUAGAGCAAACUGGUGUUGGCAGGCACUUCUCCUUAAAGAACUCAGUUUCUGGUAAGAGAGUGUGAAUUUAAUUACAAUGAAUUGAGCCGCUUUACAAGUAUUCAUGAUUUCAGUUGUGUUCUACAGGUGAAUUUAAUGGUACUUCUUGUUCUGUAGAGUUAAUUUAGUAAUAGCAUUUACUAAGCUACUGAGGGCAAAAAAUCCUUCUCCAGAUCACAGCGCCAACACAAGUGUUCUUAAAUUGUCAUGCGUUUGGUAUGUUGGAUGACAUUAGUGUUUGGAUUCCCGUGUGUCUUGACUUGCUUAGCUUUCCCAUGUUAUUACACUGUUUGUUUGUGAUAGGGUAGCAUGCGAGAAGGAUUAUUUCAGGUCUUUUGGAUCUAGAGCCUUUUUGCCUUCUCUACUGAGGUUUUUGGUUCAUCUGUAGAUAGCAAGGUCAUUCAGCGAAUGCUUCUGCAGUAUAAUCCGUCAAGCAAUCUGAAGAAAUCACUAGAGCAGAAGGCUAUACGUUGUUUAUCCAUAGCUAUCCUGACUAUGAGUAGAUGUUCUUGCUUUUGUGGAGCAAAAGGCAGGUUUAUCCUUUCUUUCCCUGUCAUCCUUCUGGUGUGAGUUCUUGGUGGAUGGCCUGUGAGGGUGCACUUUGCUGGUGCGAAGAGUCGCGAAAUGGCAAGCCAACCAAUGCCGCAGGGUGGUGAUGCAGCGUGAUUUCCUGACUGGACUUCUUUUCAUGAAAGUGAUUUCCAAGUAGUCUUAUAACUUUGAGAAGAAUUUCUAUGUAGCUCUUUUACUUUCAAGAGUGCUGCAAAAAUGAUUACUUCAGAUUUGCCAGUACUACAGGAUUCUACAAAUGAAACUACUGCACAUUCAGAUGCUGGCAGUGAGCUUGAAGAAACAGAAGUCAAAGGAAAAAGAAAAAGGGGCCGUCCUGGCAGGCCUCCAUCCGCCACUAAGAAACCACGGAAGUCUCCAGGAGAUAAGGGUCGUUCGGAAGCUGGAGCUAGAGGAGCAAGUCGUGGAAGAGCUAAUGGUCACCCUCAGCAGAAUGGAGAAGGGGACCCUGUCACUUUGUUUGAGGUCGUCAAGCUGGGGAAGAGUGCUAUGCAGUCUGUGGUGGACGACUGGAUUGAAUCAUAUAAACAAGACAGGGACAUAGCACUUCUGGAUUUAAUCAACUUCUUUAUCCAGUGUUCAGGAUGUCGAGGUACUGUAAGAAUUGAAAUGUUCAGGAACAUGCAAAACGCAGAAAUCAUAAGGAAAAUGACUGAAGAAUUUGAUGAGGACAGUGGUGAUUAUCCACUUACCAUGCCUGGGCCGCAGUGGAAAAAGUUUCGAUCCAACUUCUGUGAGUUCAUUGGAGUGCUCAUUCGACAGUGUCAGUACAGCAUCAUUUACGACGAAUACAUGAUGGACACGGUGAUCUCUCUUCUGACUGGUUUGUCAGACUCCCAGGUGCGGGCUUUCAGGCACACUAGUACAUUAGCUGCUAUGAAGCUUAUGACUGCUCUUGUGAAUGUUGCCUUAAACCUGAGCAUUCAUCAGGAUAAUACACAGAGGCAGUACGAAGCUGAGAGGAACAAAAUGAUUGGCAAAAGAGCUAAUGAAAGAUUGGAGCUGCUGCUUCAGAAAAGAAAAGAGCUACAAGAAAACCAAGAUGAAAUUGAAAAUAUGAUGAACUCUAUUUUUAAGGGUAUAUUUGUGCAUAGAUACCGUGAUGCUAUUGCUGAGAUUAGAGCUGUCUGUAUUGAAGAAAUCGGUGUCUGGAUGAAAAUGUACAGUGAUGCCUUCCUGAAUGAUAGUUAUUUAAAAUAUGUUGGUUGGACACUACAUGACAGGCAAGGUGAAGUGAGGUUGAAGUGUUUGAAAGCUCUUCAGAGUCUGUAUACCAACAGAGAGUUAUUUCCCAAACUGGAGCUGUUCACUAAUAGAUUCAAGGAUCGCAUUGUAUCAAUGACACUUGAUAAGGAAUAUGAUGUCGCUGUGGAAGCCAUUCGAUUAGUCACGCUAAUACUUCAUGGAAGUGAAGAAGCUCUCUCCAAUGAAGACUGUGAGAAUGUUUAUCACUUGGUGUAUUCAGCACACCGGCCUGUUGCGGUAGCAGCUGGGGAAUUCCUUCACAAAAAACUGUUCAGCAGACAUGAUCCCCAAGCUGAAGAGGCUCUAGCAAAGAGGAGAGGGCGAAACAGUCCCAAUGGAAACCUUAUUAGAAUGUUGGUUCUUUUCUUUCUUGAAAGUGAGUUGCAUGAGCAUGCAGCUUAUUUGGUGGACAGUUUGUGGGAGAGCUCUCAAGAACUGCUGAAAGACUGGGAAUGUAUGACAGAAUUGCUCCUGGAGGAACCAGUCCAAGGAGAAGAAGCAAUGUCUGACCGGCAGGAGAGUGCUCUUAUUGAGCUGAUGGUCUGUACGAUCCGGCAAGCUGCUGAAGCACAUCCUCCCGUAGGCAGAGGCACUGGGAAAAGAGUCUUAACGGCAAAAGAAAGAAAAACUCAGAUAGAUGACAGAAAUAAAUUGACUGAGCAUUUCAUUAUUGCACUUCCUAUGUUGCUAUCAAAGUAUUCUGCUGAUGCAGAGAAGGUUGCAAAUCUCCUGCAAAUACCUCAGUAUUUUGAUCUGGAGAUCUACAGCACAGGCAGAAUGGAAAAGCAUCUGGAUGCCUUACUGAAACAGAUUAAGUUUGUUGUGGAAAAGCAUGUGGAAUCAGAUGUUCUCGAAGCCUGCAGCAAAACUUACAGCAUUCUCUGUAGUGAAGAAUAUACCAUCCAGAAUAGAGUUGACAUAGCCCACAGCCAGCUUAUUGAUGAAUUUGUGGAUCGAUUCAACCAUUCUGUAGAGGAUCUGCUGCAGGAGGGAGAAGAAGCUGAUGACGAUGACAUAUACAAUGUGCUCUCCACGUUAAAGAGAUUAACCUCUUUUCACAAUGCUCAUGAUCUCACAAAAUGGGAUCUGUUCAGUAACUGCUACAGAUUACUAAGAACUGGAAUUGAACACGGAGCUAUGCCAGAACAGAUAGUUGUUCAGGCACUGCAGUGUUCCCAUUACUCUAUUCUCUGGCAGCUGGUGAAAAUCACUGAAGGCUCCCCUUCCAAAGAGGACUUGUUGGUAUUGAGGAAAACUGUGAAAUCCUUUCUGGCUGUCUGCCAGCAGUGUCUAUCAAAUGUCAACACUCCAGUCAAAGAACAGGCUUUCAUGCUGCUUUGUGAUCUCUUGAUGAUUUUUAGUCAUCAGCUGAUGACUGGAGGUCGGGAAGGUCUUCAGCCUUUGGUGUUUAAUCCAGAUUCAGGCCUCCAGUCAGAACUUCUCAGUUUUGUGAUGGACCAUGUCUUCAUUGACCAAGAUGAUGAGAACCAGAGCAUGGAGGGAGAUGAAGAAGAUGAAGCUAACAAAAUAGAAGCUUUACAUAAGAGAAGGAACCUGUUGGCUGCCUUUAGCAAGCUGAUAAUUUAUGACAUUGUGGAUAUGCAUGCAGCAGCAGAUAUCUUCAAACACUACAUGAAGUACUACAAUGACUAUGGAGAUAUCAUUAAGGAAACCUUGAGCAAAACAAGGCAAAUUGAUAAAAUCCAGUGUGCAAAGACACUCAUUCUCAGUUUGCAACAGCUGUUUAAUGAGCUUGUGCAGGAACAAGGUCCCAAUCUGGACAGGACAUCUGCCCAUGUUAGUGGAAUUAAGGAAUUGGCCCGCCGGUUUGCCCUUACUUUUGGCUUGGAUCAGAUCAAGACAAGAGAGGCUGUGGCCACACUACACAAAGAUGGCAUAGAGUUUGCCUUCAAAUAUCAAAAUCAGAAAGGACAAGACUAUCCACCUCCUAACCUUGCUUUCCUUGAAGUGCUUAGUGAAUUUUCUUCUAAACUCUUGCGACAGGACAAAAAGACUGUUCACUCCUACUUAGAGAAGUUUCUCACAGAGCAGAUGAUGGAAAGAAGAGAAGACGUAUGGCUCCCGCUUAUUUCCUAUAGAAACUCACUAGUUACGGGUGGCGAGGAUGAUAGAAUGUCUGUUAACAGCGGAAGCAGUAGCAGCAAAGCUUCUUCAGUGAGAAAUAAGAAAGGACGACCACCCCUCCACAAAAAGAGAGUGGAAGAUGAGAGUCUAGAAGGCUCAUGGCUGAACAGGAAUGAAAACAUACAUACUCCAGGGACACUGCAAGCACCACAGCUCACCUCAACUGUCUUGAGAGAGAACACUAGACAAAUGGGAGAGCAGAUCCAGGAGCAUGAGUCAGAGCAGGGAUCUGAACAAGAUUUUUUACACAAUCCCCAGAUGCAGAUAUCUUGGUUGGGCCAACAGAAGCUAGAAGAUUUAAAUCGAAAGGACAGGACAGGAAUGAACUACAUGAAAGGGAGAACUGGUGUAAGGCAUGCAGUACGAGGUCUAAUGGAAGAUGACGCUGAGCCCAUCUUUGAAGAUGUCAUGAUGUCCUCACGAGGCCAGCUAGAGGAUAUGAACGAAGAAUUUGAGGACACAAUGGUCAUUGAUCUGCCACCUUCAAGAAACCGACGGGAACGGGCUGAACUGAGGCCAGACUUCUUUGACUCCGCAGCUAUCAUCGAGGACGAUUCAGGAUUUGGAAUGCCUAUGUUCUGAAGUCUGGUGAAGACAUUUUACAAAUUUGGAACUCUAUUGUUUAGAGCUAGAGGCCUAUAUACUGUGAUAGCUUGUAUGAAAACCACAUUUUUGAUGUGAUACGGUUUGAUUUUUAACCAAAUGAUUAAGGUCAAUCCCUUUUUGUAGUGAGAGAAAGAAGAGGAACUUCUUAAUGACACAAAGGAAUGUUGGCCAAUCCCGUCACCUCAGAAAGGCUGACCUAAAAAAUCAUUUGUAUCCCUGUUCUUGACUGUCCUAAUACAGAUUUUUUUUUUCUGGAUGAGGAGGAAGUUUUAAAUUGUUAAGACAGCUGUCAAAAUAAACACUGUUCUACAUAUGUUUUCUGAAAACAACAUUGAGUGAAAACAGAACUUUUUAACUUUAUUUUUCUGCUGUACAAUUUAAAACAGUUUUAACAUUUGCCUUUUUAUGUUUUAAAAGCUAGCCAUUUUUAUUAAACCUAUGCCUAUCAGCCAUUGACUAGCAAUGAUGCUAUAAGCAGGUCAUUCUGGCUACAGAAAAGUGUUUUUGAACACACUGGAUUUGAUUAACAUUAUGGUACGCUUAUAUCCUCUCGUAGGCAUUGAGAAGAACACUCUUAUAGAAGAGGUUAGAAUUCUAAUGACGUGCAUCUCUGCCAAAAAAUUUCAGAUUCUGAUAUGAUAAACCCAGAUUUUAUACUCUUGAGAAGAUUUAUUUUUAUUUAUAAUGGGACAUAAAGUAAGAGAUGUCCAUGAAGCCACUUUUCCAACAGAUGCUGUGUAACAUUCAUUUUAUAUAGCACAUGGGGACACAAAAACAGUAAAUUUUCUAUUGGUACUUGCUCUGUGCAUUUUUAGCAACUUAUACCAGCAAAUAAAGUAUUCUCAGUAAAACACACAAAUGGUUCUCAAGUAAUCACUUUGCUGUUUUUACUACCUACUUCAAGCCCUGCCAACCCAAGGUACAUAAACAGCAACUUUCCUAUUAAAACAAAUAAUUCAAGGGUGGGGGAAAGGAAUCACUUUAGCAUACUAAAAGCAAUUUUAACUGUACCAUAAAAAAGUCUACUUUCCAUGCCGUAAAUACCCUUUUGCGCUAUUUUUGUAAAUUAAUUUUGCCAGUUAGAAGUACUGUAUGUGCUGCAUAGAAAUUUGUGCUUAGAUGGUGAAGUUCUUAAGCUUACAAUGGAAUACAGCUACAUUUUCAGUGUUAACUGUGCAUAUUAAGAGUAAUUCUUUGAAAAAAAAUAUGAUUUUUCAAAAAAGUAAAAAACAUCAAAAAAACAGAAAACCCAAAACAUUCUCAGCUAAUUCAUUGUAAUAAGAGAUUUUUUUUUCAAUGUCUUCAAUAAUUUGGAAUUUCAUUAUGCUUCAAUUUUAUGACUCUGCCUAGUAGCUGCUACUGUAGUUAAAACUGGCCUGAUAUCAGAGGUGCUGGCCAUCCACGACUUGCACUGACUCUAGUAUCUCUAAGAAAUCAGCCCCAAAAUGUUAAUCUUCCUUUCUGCAUUCUAAUAUUAGCAUUUGAGAUACAAAGCAGAUUGACCCACUUGGAGCACAGCAGUUUUAGAGGUGCUUUUUUUUAGCAACUGCAAAAUAAUCAUGGAGCGUUGUUUUUUUUUUUGGUUUUUUUUUUUUUUCUCCUUUCCUUUUACAAGCUUAUUUAAAAACAAAACAACAUUAAUACCCAGUGCUUACCUGCUGGGAGGGAAAAGAAUCUGAUUUUAAAAAUAGAUCAGCAUUUCACUCAGCUGAGGUUUGUUUCUUACAACAUGUGCAGUUCUCAGACAAACAUGGUUGCCAAAAAUGUUUGACUAGAUAAUUCAGCCAUUCCUUAGAUGAUGUUGGUUGGGUAAGGUAUAAAGCCUGAAAAGUAGCUGGAACAUUGCUUUGUAACAGGUUACAUCCCUUCCUCUUCUGUCCACCCCAAAGGGAUUAGGGGUGGGUAGGAAUGGCUGCAUUAAACUGUCAGUACAAUAUUUCUGUGAGCAUAGUAGCAUAAUAAAUGCUGCCUGGUUUGAGUCAUAGUCUCAGACAAACCUUGUGCUUCACAGUCCUCUGUGUGGAAAACUGAUUCCUAAUUUAACAUUGUAGAAUACUGUAUAACAAACAUUUAUUAUCACGGUACCUGCAAUGGGUUUCCAGUUCAGUUUGCAGUCAAUAGGUUUUUGUAUUAUGAGUGUCUCCUUGAUUGGUUUUGCUAGUAAUUCUGUAAAUUGUACAUUUACAAUAUGAGGUUUUUUUUUUUUCCUUUUGUACAAUUUAAAACUGAUGCUUCACCUUUCAUUUAAUAAACUAUUCAAAAUCAUGA